AUGUAUAAUCUACAUCAAGAUUUAUCUCAAACAGAGGAGCAGUGUGCUGGGACUUGGCCUCCUCAGUGUGAGUCUGCAGACCAACGGACCCACAACAACAACAACAACAACAACAGAAGCCAACACCUGGUCAUUGAUUUAAGCAAGCUGCUCAGCCCUGUUGUUAAAAUGUGUGAUCAGAAAAAUAGCGGAGAGACACUAAACAGGGAGGAUGAGGAUGAGCUGUCAGCCAGUGAUGACUCUGACCCUGAAGAAAUACCCAGCAGUGCUCCCUUCGACCCAGAGCUGGACGACGACGACGAUGAUGAUGAUGAUGGCGGGGAGGUUGAGAUUUUCGCUCCAACUUCUGGACACAUAGCUCAGACUCCUUUCAAUCUGAAAGGAGGGAGCUCAGCUUUCUCCAACCGCAGCCACAGUAUCUUUGAAUGCCUGGACAGUGUUGCCCGGCUGGCCUCCUCCUCUAUGAGCCAAGAUAACAGCACAGAUGGAGUGUUUGCUCGUCCUCUGCCUCCAAAGUCCCUGAGGAAAACAAGCCAGCCUCAGUCCAUCUGCCCCACACCAGCAAAGAAGAGAGGGGUCCCGGACUACUUGGUGCACCCUGACCGAUGGACCCACUACAAUCUGGAAGAUGUGGAAGAGACUAGCGACCAGGACAACAGAAAGGCGGCUCACCAAUUUCUGUCCAGUCUGCAGCAGAGGAAGCAGCAGCAGGAGAGCCAGAGUGACCCUCCUUUUAACGUUCAGCAGAAGAUGCUCUUCUCCAGACCCGGCAAGCUGCCAAAGGAACAACCUUCUGAUCAGCGUUUGGCUGUCAGCGGCAAAGAGAAGGAGACACGGCUCAGUCAUCUAGUCGAGGAGGUCGAGGAUGAGGAGGGCACAGAGAAAGAGAUGGCUGGAAGAAGACCUACAGACCAGAGUGUCGAGGAAGAAAACGACCUGAGGGGAGCUGUUGCUCCACCAGUGGAGAAUAAACGGGUGCAGACAGAAACAUUCGAGGAGGAGAAGAUGGAAGAGGCCAAACCAGCCUUUGUUCCCUUCAGGAAGACGAAGCGUGUGAACUACAGACAGAGCGCUGGGCGAGACGACAACUGAGUGCACCACAUCUCUGUGAUGCUUCACAGUUUCACAAUAGUAAUGACAGAUUUCAAUAUAAUGGAAGACUGUUGUCUAUUCAAAUGUGCUGAUUUAACUGUUUUAAUCCAGUCCACAUUCAGUGAACCUGAACCUUGUGAAAAAAACUCAACACUUCCUGACCUCUGUGGUUGAACGUUAAAAGCGUCCUUUACCUCUGAGCCCCACCCAACUCCUCCCAAGAGUGUAGUUGGAAAUGUGUGCUGCUGCACCCAUUACCACAUCCAACUGGGAUGUAGAUUAAACUGUUCAUCUGUUCUGAUGUCAGCAUGCUGGAUAAAUAGCUUACCACCCAGUGAGGUUUUACCUCCACACUGGUGGAGUGUUUUGUUAGCUGUCCACUUGUUGUGGGGUUUUUUUAAUGUUAAAAAUACCCUUGUGUGAUUCUCCUUAUUGAAAGAAAUAUACAGGAAACAUUAAAAAGGUCAGCAGAAAAAAAACAUUAGUGAAGUAAACUUCACAUUCAAUUUGAUUUAUAUUCCCUUGUUGCCAGUUGUGUAUUUUCAAAUUGUCUCAAUUAAAUUUUGAUUUUUAUUUGGCAUCCUUUCAAAAUAAAUUUAGGCUGUUUUUUGUGUUAAGAAAAUCCCAAAUGUUUCUAAGGACCUGACAAAAGAACAGCUUUAAGAUGUACAUAAUUUACUGAAAGCCAAGCGAUUAAGUAUAAGAUGAACAUUCCUUUGUUUUGGAUUACCUUUUUGUGCUAAACCUUCAUAACUGCAGUCAGGAUUCCAUUCCCGCAUUGUGUCCACAUUUGGAGGUAUCACAUAGAAAGUGUAUUGAAAUAACAACUUACAACAAUUGAAUGAAACCUGGCUUGUAUCAUCACCCCAUCAUCCCAAAGGGAUAGCUGAUAUUAAACAUAUAACCAGAGUCAGGUUUUUAGCUACAGCACAGAUCCAGCACUGGAGCAAAGUGCAGCAGCAAGACUAUUUUAGACAUAUAUGAAGCAGGGAGGGGGGAUCCUGCAUUCUGGUAAAUGGAAAAAACAAAACUCAGGCUGCAAGUGAAUGUUCAAAUGAUCAUGGUACAUGCGACCAGAAUGCAGUUAGGCUUUCGGUAAGGCUUGUAAUAUUUAAAAUAUGUUAAUUUAAUGAGACAUUAUGCAGCUUUUCUCACCAGAAAAAAAACUCAUCGUUCUCUGCAAAGAUGAUACAAACAAGUAUCUAUCUCCACCUAAAAUCCCAAAGUUUCAUUGGAAGUCCUGUUCGGAAGUGUGUUGUUCAGGGCUAACAUUGAAUGCAUUUCCUCCCUGAAAAAUAAAUACCCAAUUAUUAACAUUA